UAUGACUUGGAACUCAUCAUAUGGUUAAUUUGCCAUUACAUUUGCCAUAGGUUCAUCAUCUCGAACUACCAAGGAUCAAAUACAAGAGGCAAUCAUGCCACCAGGAGAUGUUUUGAAGCUGGGCAUCAUGCUACUCUGCCUGCUUCUUAUCAUUCCGUCGAUCUACUCAGCUCCUCUCUCAUCCUACCUGGUAUCAUCCUUUACCAGCCCUGACCCCACCCUGCCAUUCAACCACAUCACCAUCAACAACAUCAAUGGAGAGGUCUAUAUUGGAGCAAGGCAGAGUCUCUAUCAACUCAACUCAGACCUGACUCUCAAACACACUGUGGAUACUGGACAAUGCCCUUCACCAAAUGGAAAUACAAACAACAAUAAACUUCUUCUUGUAGCUCCAUCACCUGAGGACAAGCUCAUCACAUGUGGUGGCUGUGAUGGUUACUGCGAGACAAGAAGCCUGACUAAUAUAUCACAUGAUGUAGUGAGAUAUGAUUCGACCGACACUCAGAUUGUUGUGAAAACAUCAGAUGCACCCACUGUUGGAGCUGUUGUUUUAGGUGCUGACUUUGUAAGGAAUGGUCAGGGUAUUUUUGAUGGUGGAUUGUACUUGUUUACAGGGAUCAGUGAUGCAACAGUGAGCAUUCGAUCCGUCAAAAAGCACAAUCUUGAAGCCCUGAGUGUCGUACAAUCGGUAACACCACCUGAACCCAACACCUCACAGAACAUUUUCAGACAUUUGAUCACUCACAUGGAAUAUCUCUACUAUUUUAUCUCGAGGGGAGAUGGUGCAUACUUGGGGCGAUUGUGUCGUAAUUCAUUAGAUCUUAAUUUUGAAUCCUACACAGAGAUAGAACUACAGUGUAGCUCUCACAAUGUGAUCCAGUCUGCUCAUAUCGGAACAGCAGGAUCCCAGCUAGCUGACUCAUUCAGUAUUGAGAGUACUGAUGACCUUCUGUAUGCUGUAUUCACAAGUGGGAGUUCAUCUGGUCUUUGUAUCUAUAAGAUGAAUGAUGUCCAGCAGAGCUUUGAAGAUGCUGUCGUGGGAUGUAUCCAGGGAGACCAAGGCAAAGGAACAACAAACAACUACCUUGAAGACAGCACUUGUAACUCAUUUGAUUUCUUCACUCCACCAGAUUCAGUACAGUGUACAGCUUAUUUUGAGGAGGAUGGUAUGGGGAAUAUUUUCCACCGGUAUGCCAGUGGAGUGGUUCCCCUCUCUGCCUCACCCAUCGUCAUCAUUCCUGAUGUGAUACCAACCUCCAUUGUGACAACCAUAGAGAGACAACAUACUGUGGCAUAUAUAGGAGAUACACAAGGAUACCUCCACAAAACAAACAUCGUUAAUAAAGUCUUCGGCAACGUCUAUGAGACUGUCUCGCUUGGAACUGGAUCUGUCUUAAAGGAGAUGUUCCUCCAUGAAUCUACAGAACAGCUUACACUGGCGACAAGUUCAGAGCAAGGUUCACAGGCCCUGACAUUGGAUUUGACAAACUGUGGCCAAUACCAGACCUGCGGUGAGUGCAUUGGAGGCGAUGGACUAAACGAUAGAGACCCUUACUGUGGAUGGUGUACUCUAGAAGCAAGGUGCACAAGAUAUGAGGCAUGCCCCUUCCCUGAUGAAUCAACUCGAUGGUUAUCGUACGAUGCCUUACUGUGUGUAUCCAUCUCAGAUGUCCAGCCAAACAGUCUCCCUUAUCAUCAGACACAACAAGAAAUUACCAUGACAGUACAACAACUCCCGGAUCUUAGGAGCAGUUUUCAAUACAUGUGUGCCUUUAAUGACUCGUAUGAGGUCUCUGCUACAACUACCGGAAAUAGUGUCACCUGUACAUCCCCUCCUGCAGACAGCAUACCUACAAUUCCAGAUGGAUUGUACUUCUUGAACUUGCCUCUGUCUAUUGUCUCAACUGAAACGGAUGUCGACUUUGUGACCACAGAUUUCUUCAUUUAUGACUGCAGUCACAUUAAAUCAUGUUCAUCUUGUGUUACAAGCCUUUUUACAUGUGUCUGGUGUGUUUAUGAUAACAAAUGUACAGGCGAUAGCAGCUCGUGUCAGCCAGGAGAUACAGUCGUUAUUGGAGAAAAUACCAAAUGGCUAGACUACGACCCCGCCAAGUAUCGUGUUUUGACAGUUGGAAGGGUCGAUGAUAAGGAUAUCAAGUAG